ACGAGCAAACCUGGAUUUCGAACGACGAUCGAUCGUCCUCCGAAAUACAGGAGGAAAACCCUACGCUGUGCCCAUGCGAUUGACCCUUCGCACUACUAUUAACGCGGUUCCGCGGGUUUCGCCGAUGAUGGCAGGGACUCUCCGCAUGAUCUCCUGGGACGAACCCGCAGAAGGGAAGCCAUCAACUGAUGAUGCGGAAAGCAGUGACGAAGAUGAUCCGGAGAUCUUGAAAUUGUGGGUUCGGUGUCCGAUGGGGAUUUGCAAUGCGCCUGCCACGUUUCAGCGAGCGAUGAACAUGACGUUUCAGAAUUUCAUCAACAAGAUACGGCUGACGCAAGGGAUGAUCAACUUUUGUGUGAUCGUGUACAUGGACGACAUCCUGGUCUAUUCGGAGACCUAUCACGGACACGCGCAACACAUUGAGUGGACAUUGGGCGCACUGAGAGAUGCUGGGUUUAAGAUUGCGCUCGAGAAAAGCGAAUUUUUCCUCUCGGAAAUUUUGUUCUUAGGCUACGUCGUGAGAUGUGGAGGAUUGCGGCCGGACUCGAGAAAAGUUGCGGCGGUGAAGGAAGCCCCGGUUYCCACAUCACUGACRMAGGUUCGAGCCUUCUUGGGGCUGGCGUCGUACUACCGGCGCUUCAUCAAGGGCUUUGCCGUGAUUGCACAACCGCUAACGAACAUGUUACGGAGGGACCAACCUCUCAGUUGGGACGCGGAGUGCCAGCAGACCUUUGCAACCCUCAAAGACGCUCUGGCAACGGCCCCUAUUUUGAUUCGGCCGGACCCCUCGAAGCAGUUCAUUCUCAUCACGGACUGGCAACCGGAAGCUAUUUUCGCUAUUCUAGCACAGAAGGGGAACGAUGGUCGCGAACACUUCAUCGAGUACGCGUCUCGAACCGUACCGGACGAACGAAGAAACGACUCCGCACCUCAAGGCGAGUGCUAUGCGAUAGUUUGGGGAAUCCAGCGCUUCCAUCCGUAUCUCUACGGACAGAAGUUUCGCCUCGUAACGGAUCAUGAGCCUCUGCUAGCGCUGAAGAAACUCACCAACUACAUGGGCAUGAUUGGCCGUUGGGCGGUGCGACUACAAGAAUACGACUUCGAUAUCGUCCAUCGAAAGACAGAGCGGCACGACAACGCGGACGGGCUGACAUGUGUAUACGGCGCGGCAGAGUUCCGAUUCACGAGCAAUCCCCAGGUAGUGGUGCUAGCCGAGGCAACGGGGUUCCAACGGCGAGCAGCCCCAGAAAUCAGCCACGUGUCUACCGUGGUGGUCUUCAGCGGCGACAUCACCGCCUUCGAUCCGGCGCGGCAAGCCGCCAUCAAAAACACCUUGUACCGGUGGAGUCGCGAUCUGGCCACUGAUUGGGAUCGACGGCUCACAAGGCACGGUGACGAGUGCUACCCUGUCGACGACAUCGAAGUCAACACGCUGCGCACGACGCUACGCGAGCCACCUGUCGUCCUCCCAAAACUUGCUCCCUUCCAGCCGCGUAGAUGAGCCACGCACCGAUCUCGUUCUCUCCUCCCUCUCUCUUCCCCAUCUUCUGGCAGUCCUCUCACUACCCUCGUCUCUCCUUCCGUCUGGAACCACUAACAGUACCCAUCGU